UUUCGCGAUUUUCUCCAGGCCAAUGCCAGAUAUAAUCAUGAAUUCUAGACAUAAAUUGAACCUGUGAGCGAGUGUGAUAUUAAGUGUGGCUUAUUGCCGUGUUCCAGGAUUUAUUUUGAUCAAACAUCAUCUUAAUCAUUAUGACGGAUGAAGAUGACCAGAAAAGCUCUCUUGCCGAACUUUUGUUGGCCAAAUCCCGUCGUUUACGUCCCUGUCAAACUCUCGUCACCCGUACAGACGGUUCGUGCCGUCUCGAGGCUCGCGACAGAUCGGGAAAUUUUACAGCCGUUACCCUCCAAGAACUUUCCGGGUCGGGAAAGCAAGAAGCUAAUAUCACUGAUGAAAAAAACCGUGGUGCUAUGAUUCAUCAAGGCGGUGGUCAAUCGUCAAUGAUAUUGAAUUCUGAGGGGAACCGUGUGGGGCCCUCACUCAUGGCAAAGUGUCCAGGGUUUGUGGUAGACACGAAGCCCGACCUUCUGUGUUGCAUGGUGCUGCCUCAUCUUCUACUAGCAGGGCAAGAUGUUGCUCAUGACGUGACUAUACUGAAGAAGUUUGGUGUCACGGCCGUACUGAGUUUGUUACCACAUGAAGGAUCUGAAGAGGGAAAUGUUUGGAUGCUUACUGAAGACGGUACCUUGGUUAAAUCGGAUCGUCAUUGUUCAAAAGAGAGUAGUGAACAAGCAUCAACUAGCAACGAAGCAUUGAGUUUGUUACCACAUGAUGGAUCUGAAGAGGGAAACGUUUGGAUGCUAGUUGAAGACGGUAACUUGGUUAAAUCGCCCCGUCAUUGUUCAAAAGACAGUAGAGAACUAGCAUCAACUAGCAACGAAACAGCAACCGUGCCUGCAUCGUUAGGACCAAAGAAACCUGGUGAUUUUUCCGACUUGAGAUUUACAAGAAAUGAAGACGAGUUUUCCACCAGUUCAAUACUCCGAGUACAUUGCGGUCUCCUAGACACCCCCGAGAGCCGUAUACACGCGUGUCUGCUGAAGUGUAUUGCAUUUAUAGACCAAGUGAAGCGAAGAAAUGGAGUCGUGCUGGUGCACUGUAACGCUGGCGUAUCUCGCGCGCCCACUGUAGUUAUCGCUUAUUGUAUGAAAUUCCUAAGAAUUUCCUACUCCGAAGCUUUGAAAUUUGUGAAAGAGAAGAGGCCUUAUAUUAAGCCUAAUGAAGGUUUUGUAGAGCAACUCAAAGAGUUCGAACAAUACCUGCUAGCUCUAUAAGCUCUUACUGUACGCAUACAAAAGUCGAUAUUAGAUAUUAAAAAUCCGUCUCUUGAGUUUCCUAAUCAAUUGUUUGAAUUCGAAGCGUUGCUGAUUUUAUUGCUAAAUGCUUGCUUACUUUUACGACUUACUACGUUUUUUGUGUUGCAGGAAUAUUCCAUCUCGUUUUUUAUGUUUUAAUAUUGUUAUUUGCGGCCAAAUUACGACAUAAUGGAAGUAAACAAACAACAUGAAAGUUGUGGCGAAGAUCGCUUAGAGCAUUCAAGAAUAGAUUCUAUUCCUCGGGACAUCUCAGGGGAGCUCACUUCUAGCGAGCCGAAGCCUGGGCAUAAAACAGCAUCGAGGAAUAAAUUACAAAAUCAAUCCCCAAACCAGAACCCUGGGGUUGGAAACCAGAUCAAGGCGGCACAGAAACAACAGAAGAAAAUACAAAAACAACUUGUGGGUGAAAACGUGGAACGCAUCAACUAUCUGUACCAGAGCGCAUGUCUCAUGUCCCUGGUUUGUGCUGAGCCAAGUGUCAGUACAAGCCAAACUACGCAGUCGGUGGCUGCUCAAGACACAACUACACGAUCUGAAAUUUGUGAUACCGAAAUUACUAGUGACAAACCAACUAAAGUUUCCAACUUGAACCCUAGGUUGACUUCAGAUAUUCCAACUUCUCUCUCCAGAGAUACACAACCUAGUCCAUGCACACCGUCGUCCAAGAGCUCUGGCUCGGUUACUCAAAUUUUAGGCUCGCCUGUAGGACCGAAAAUGUUAGGCUCGCCUGUAGGACCGAAAAUGUUAGGCUCGCCUGAAGGACCGAAAAUGUUAGGCUCGCCUGUAGGACCGAAAAUGUUAGGCUCGCCUGUAAGAGCGAAAAUGUUAGGUUCGCCUGUAGGAGCGGAAAUGUUAGGCUCGUCUGUAGGACCGAAAACGUACAGUAGCCUGCCAGUCCCCGCCGACGUGGUCCAGCUUCACCGCGAGAUCAGCUCAAACUUGGGGAGCACCUGCCGAGCCAUCGGCCGCAAGUGUCAGCUACGCAUGAGUCACCUCAUGAAGAGGGAACUCUGUCCCUCGUGUUACGCGCCUCUCAUACCCUCGGUGUCAGCAUCUUCUAAAAUAAUACGCGUCCGCAAGAAGAGGGUUCUUGUUCUGCGUUGUUAUACUUGCGGCGGUCGACGGAAACGGCCGUGUCAAGACGUCAAGUUGCUCUGGAGCGAAAGACCUGAAGCGCUGUUGCCUGGGUCGACGGUGUAGCGGAGCUGGAUGCGUGAAGCGACUUCCUUCGACGUGUCGCCUGUCUCCUACUUUA